AAAAAAAAGAGUCUUAUAUAUAAUAUAUUUAUUUUCCCAAUUAUUUUAAAAAGAUUCUUUUUUAUUGUUUUUGUUUUUCUUUUCUUUUCUUUUUUUUAACUUACUGUAGAAAAUAAAACAUGGCUGAUAAUAAUAAGCAACUUCGUAUGGUCAUUAUGGGCCCCCCAGGUGCUGGUAAGGGUACACAAGCUCCUGCUAUUCAAAAGAAGUUCAACGUUGCACACUUGGCUACUGGUGAUAUGCUCAGAGCUGCUGUUGCUGCUCAAACUUCUUAUGGUCUUGAAGCUAAGAAACUUAUGGAUGCUGGUGCUCUUGUUCCUGAUGAAAUUGUUGUUGGUUUGAUUGAAGAAAACUUGAAGAAUAAUCCUUUAUGUGCUAAUGGUUUCAUUCUUGAUGGUUUCCCUCGUAACGUUACUCAAGCUGAAAAAUUAGAUGCUAUGCUCAAGGAAAUGAAUAAGCCUUUGAAUAAUGUUAUUGAAUUAGUUGUUGAUGAUAAACUUCUUGUUGAUCGUAUCUGUGGUCGUCUUGUUCAUCCUGCUUCCGGUAGAUCUUAUCACAAAGUUUUCAACCCUCCUAAGGUUCCUAUGACUGAUGAUAUUACAGGUGAACCUCUUAUUCAACGUUCUGAUGAUAAUGAAGAAACUCUUAAAAAUCGUCUUAAGGCUUUCCAUGAACAAACCGCUCCUGUAGCUAAAUAUUAUAAGAAGCAAGGUGUUUGGUAUGGUGUUGAUGCUGCUCAAACACCUGAAGCUGUCUGGGACUCAAUUAACGCUAUUUUUGACAAGACUCUUUAAAAAACACGUGUGAUGGCUUUUUUUUUUUUUUCGUUAUGAAAGAAAAAAAAA